UUCAGAGCAGAGGGGCUCCACGGGGAGAAAUACAGUCGGCAUAUUAAUGAAAAGUGAACAGGUUGGCGUGUCCGCUCUAUAACUUGAGGACUACCCGAGUGAAUUUGCUCGUAAUUCAUGGAGUUCAAGUCCAGCGUGUGUGAUUGACGCCUCCGGACAGAUGCUGGCCGCUUUGGUGGCACCGGGGGAAGGAGAGGUUUUUACAUCGUUAGAUUUGUUGUUAUUAUAAUCAGCUGACCGGUGCUGAAACCGCUCCGUUUGCUGUUUUCUAGAAAGCGGCGACAGUGAUGAGCGCUUGUCAGGACAAAACGUCUUUGAGUUGCUCGGAAAGCAGGGAAAAUGUCAGCGGCAGUGAAUGGGGAAGGAUGGAUGAUGGUUGCGCGUCCUGCUUUAACGACCCCACGGGCGACGCGAUUCACGCCGGGAUGGACGCUGUGCAGCCGGGCAUAACGUUAGACGGACAUCUGCCGCUUCCCCCAGGCCAGCGCGAGCUGAUGCUAGGCCUGGUGGAGGAGGGUUUCGCCGGCUAUCACGGCCAUCUCGGCUCUGAUCCAGACACUGAUUAUCUCGACAUCCCCGGCGACCCGAACUACAGCGAAAGUGACGGGAACGUCGCCACGAAAAAGCGCAACCGCUCCAACAGCUCGCGGCACCGCGGGGAAGUUGUCACUGAACUCGGACCCGAGGAGGUGCGCUGGUUCUACAAGGAGGACAAGAGAACCUGGAAACCGUUCGUUGGCCACGAUUCUUUAAAAAUCGAGCUGGCGUAUCGUAAAUACUGCGAACUUAAUCCGGAAGAGGUCAAACGGAGGGAUGCGACGGAAGAAGCGGAGGAUUUAUUCGAGUCUCCGUCAGGAUGCGAGGAACCGGCGGUUCGGAGGCAGUCGGCGGUGGUGGCAGCGCAGCCGGUACUCGAUAGCGCGGAUGCGGGAUGCUCAGCGGACGAUUCGGUGUUCGGUUCAGACAGCGUCAACGUGGACGCAGUGUGUGUGCGUGGAGGACUCUACGAGGUGGACAUCAAGGGGAAGAGCUGCUAUCCUGUGUACUGGAACCAACAGGACCACAUCCCAGUCAUGAGAGGCCAGUGGUUCACAGACGGCACCUGGUUACCCUUGGAGGAGGAGGACAGUGACCUUAUUGAACUGGAGCACUUAGCCCGUUUCCGGGGCCAGCAGAUGAAGGACACCUUUGACACGGAAGCAGUGGCCACCACAGUGGACAGCAAAGACGCCAUUCACAGUCUGAAACUGAGCCGGAGCCACGUGGACUGGCACAGCGUGGAUGAAGUGUACCUUUACAGCGACGCCACCACCUCUAAGAUUGCACGGACCGUCACUCAGAAGCUGGGAUUCUCAAAAGCCUCCAGCAGUGGGACGCGUCUCCACCGGGGUUACGUGGAGGAGGCGGCUCCAGAGGACACGCCCCCUGAGACUACACACAUAGUCUUUGUGGUACAUGGGAUUGGCCAGAAGAUGGAUCAGGGGCGUAUCAUUAGGAAUACAAGCAUGAUGCGGGAUGCUGCCCGUAAGAUGGAGGAGAAGCACUUCUCUGACCGAAUUAAUGAACAUGUCGAGUUCCUUCCUGUGGAAUGGCGAUCUAAACUCGCCCUCGAUGGAGACACUGUGGACUCCAUUACUCCUGACAAAGUGCGAGGUCUGAGAGACAUGCUUAACAGCAGCGCAAUGGACAUUAUGUACUACACAAGCCCUUUGUACAGGGAUGAGAUCACCCGGGGUCUAACCAAAGAGUUGAACCGCCUCUACAUGCUCUUUUGCGAGCGCAACCCAGAAUUUGCAGAGAAAGGAAAAGUGUCCAUCGUCUCGCACUCGCUCGGCUGUGUCAUCACCUUCGACAUCAUGACAGGUUGGGAUCCUGUUCGCUUUGUUCAUGAAGAUGUGCCAGAUGUGAUGGAGGCUGAUGUGAGCAGACAAGAGCGUCAGCUGCUGGAAGAGCUUCGGCUCACUUACUUAAGAAUAAGGGAUUUGGAAGACAGGCUUCAGCAUUUCCAAACCUCAUCCUCAAGACCAUCUCCAGCCCUGAAAUUCAAGGUGGAGAACUUCUUCUGUAUGGGGUCUCCUCUGGCCGUGUUUUUGGCUUUGCGAGGGGUUCGUCCUGGAAGCGGCGGAACACAGGACCACAUUCUGCCCACAUCCAUCUGCCAGCGGCUCUUCAACAUCUUCCAUCCCACUGAUCCUGUAGCAUACAGGUUAGAGCCUCUCAUUCUGAAGCAUUACAGUAAUAUAACACCUGUCCAGAUUCACUGGUACAACACCACCAGCCCCACACCAUAUGACCAGAUCCGUCCCACUCUGCUGAAUCCAUCAAAGGAAAGCGCGUCAGUGUCGGAUACAGAGAGUCUGCCGAGCCCCUGCACCUCUCCACCACAGCCCCGCAGACACUACAGCGAGUCCAUCACCAACUUGGGCAAGGCCAGCAUAAUGGGAGCCGCCAGUAUAGGCAAAGGCAUUGGCGGUAUCCUGUUCUCCAGGUUUUCCCGCUCCAGUGGACAGGUUGGUGGUGUGGAGGAGGAGACGUCAGACUCUGAAGGCGGGACGUGUGAGAAAGGAGACGAGAACAGGUCUGUGGAUUUAGAUGAUAAACCGGACGAGAAGACAGAGGAGAAAAUUGAGGAGAAGACAGGAGACACCAGCAUGUCACAAUCAGCCUCGGCCAUUAUGGAUUAUUCCUCCUUGGAGCUGGAGAAGCGCAUUGACUUUGAGCUUCGGGAGGGUCUGGUGGAGAGCCGCUACUGGUCAGCAGUGACGUCACACACGGCCUACUGGUGCUCGCACGACGUGGCUCUGUUUCUGCUGACAUUCUUGUACAGGCCAAACGAAGCCAAUGACAUGGCAGAGGACAAUCCCGAAUCCUAACACACACUCACAGACGGACUCUCACCCUCGAUCACCCUCUUAAUUUAGUUUAGCAGACCUCAUUCACUGUGCAUCAGAGAUCCUGUCCUUGUUUUGUUUUUCCUUCAUGCAGAAGCACAUCCAUCAAGGAGACUCGUGUUUUCCUCUACAUCCCCAACUAGGACUGUUUGAUGAAACGGUGUUAAUGAUCCUACUAGUAACUUCCGACCAUUCACGCGUUGACGAUUCCCAAAAGCAGCAAACUUUUCAUAUUGACCGAUGUGUAUGAACUUGUUAUGGUAUGGCUCACUGAAUUGGAGGAAUUGAACUGAAUUGCACAAUCAGAAGGGUUUUUAGAGGAAUGUGUCUGAUGUGAUCUAUUUCCUUGCCAAAAAAUCAUAGUUUUAAU